CAAGUGCACUUGAAAAAAAAAAUUAUAAAAAAAUAAAAAAAUUGUGUGGAAGUGCUUAUGAAAAUUAAUUGAAGAUUCAUUUAAUUUACCACAAAACUCUGUAAAAAUCCACACUCACAGAAUGAGUACAGAAGAGUCACAACAGUUCUGUCUUAGAUGGCAUAAUUAUCAAAGCUCACUUAUGUCAACUCUGCCUCAGCUUUUAAAUCAUGAUGAUCUGACAGAUGUUACAUUAUGCGCUGGUUUGAGAACACUUAAAGCACAUCGUGUUGUUCUAUCUGCGUGUAGUGAUUAUUUCAAACAAUUAUUCAAAGCACUCACAAAAGAAUUGGGAGCAAGUCACCAUCCAGUCAUCGUUUUGCCUGGGGUUGAAUUUACUGAUCUCUGUGCUCUAGUCACAUUUAUGUACAGUGGUGAAGUAAAUGUUUAUGAGCAUCAACUUGCUAGUAUGCUUUCCAUGGCUGACACAUUACACAUUAAAGGUUUAGCUGAGUUUUCUAAUGUACCAGGUUAUUCAUCUGGCAGAUUUGAGAAAUCGUCCAAGUGGAAAAGACCACGAGUGGAAGAGCCAGAAUCUUUCAAAAGAGAAAUAUCAAGACCCACAUUGAGUGAAACUGUAGUUUUUGCUGAUUUAGAUGUUGCUCAAGAUCUAAGUAAGCGUGUUCCAGAAAAUGAUAGUCAAGACGAUACUGUAAACUUAACUACUAAUGUUGACCAUAAACCGUCCACAUCAGAAAUAAAUGUAUCUUAUGGUGAAGAAGCUCCAACACCUACAGAUUUAGUUCAAGGUCCAGUAGUACAGGGUUCACAGUCAGAUAAUGUUAAAUCACGAACACCAGUAUCCAAGCUAUAUACAAUGUGUUUUAUAUGUGGUAAACAACUUAGUAAUCAUUACAACUUGCGCGUUCAUAUGGAAACCCACCAAAAUGCACAAUAUGCUUGUUCAGUGUGUAGUCAUGUUUCUCGAUCCAGAGAUGCAUUGAGAAAACAUGUAUCUUAUCGACAUCCACGUCCUAACAAUAAUAAUACUACAACGGAUAAUUCAACAACAGUGGACUCUUCACACAGUGUUAACAAGCUACCAUCAACUUGA